AUGGACGUUCUGCAACUUGUAUCCCGUCUCAAUCGUGACACUGCUCUGCAGGCUGUGGGGACAUCCGUGGCCCUGUACGUGGCGUACCGAGUGGUCAAACUCGUGGUCUGGUAUCGGCGUUUCUUCAGCUUCUUCAACAACUGUCAGGGCGUCAAGGAGUUUAACUGGAGGUCUGGGAACCUGCAUGUGCUGCCCCAGGACUUCGAGAAACGUGCCGAAGUGGAGCAGGAAUGGAUGAAGAGAUUCCCCAAGUACUACCGGCUCUGGGUAGGGCCUCUUAAUCCAGUCAUCAGGGUCUACCACCCAGAUACCAUCAGACCCAUCAUCAAGUCCACAGAGCCAAAACCAAGGGGAUUUGGGGCCCAAUAUGAAACAGUAGUGCCCUGGCUCGGGGAGGGUCUCCUGAUCGCUGGGGGACAACGCUGGUACCGAGCUCGUCGACUCCUUACCCCCGCCUUCCACUUCGACAUCCUUAAACCCUACGUCGAAGUCUCCAACAACGCUAUCGACACUAUGAUGGCUAAGAUUGACAAUCACAUCAAGGAAGGCACCAGCUUUGAGUUGUUCAACAUGAUCAGUCUGUGUACAUUUGAUAUCCUGUUGAGAUGCGCCAUGUCGGUCAAGGAAAACAUACAGCAACAGGGGCAAACACAUCCGUAUGUAAGCGCAGUGAAUGACUUGCUCACCCUGGCUACAAUCCGAUACUUCAACCCACUGUACUUCUUUGACUUCGUCUUUUACAACACGUCCAAGGGGAAGAAGUUUAAGGAGCGUUGUGACUUUGUACAUAGCUGGGCGGAAGGCAUCAUCGACAAGAGGCGACAGGAUUUGGAGAGAGAUGGUCCCCCCAAGGCCCGCUACCUGGACUUCCUUGACGUCCUGCUCAGUGCCAAGGAUGCUGAUGGCAAGGGUCUCACCCCGCUAGAGGUCAGGAAUGAAGUCGACACGUUUCUAUUUGCAGGUCACGACACAACAGCCAGUGCGAUCUCAUGGACGCUGUUUACCAUGGCCUCCAAACCCGAGUUCCAGACCAGGGUCCAGGAGGAAGUGGACACCUUGCUGGAAGGAAGAGAAUCCAAGCACAUCAAAUGGGAUGACAUCCACAAGAUGGAAUAUCUAGCCCGGGUUCUGAAGGAAGGGAUGAGGUUACACUCGCCAGUCCCGUUCGUCAGUCGGAGACUAGAACAUCCCAUGGAGCUGGACGGGAAGGUCUUUCCAGUAGGAACAAUGGUCGCACUGGGCAUAUGGAAUGUUCAUCACAACCCAGACUUGUGGGAGAAGCCGGAUGUGUUUGACCCCGACCGUUUCCUGCCUGAGAACAUCCAGAAGCAGAACACCUACUCAUACAUCCCCUUCUCUGCUGGCCCACGAAACUGCAUUGGGCAACAUUUCGCCCAGAACGAGGAAAAGGUCAUAAUAGGGAGAAUUCUCCAGAGAUACAAGUUAGAGGUAGAUACAAGCUACAAGGUUGGGAGAAGGUUUGCUGGCGUGAUGAAGUCCACUGAAGGUCUGUGGGUGUACGCCAAACACAGAAACUGAACAUUCCAGCAGAAGGUGGACAUUCCGGUCUCAUGAAAACAAUGAUGACUGAUGCUGAUCUACACAGAUAUAUUCCACUUGAUU